AUGGCGGACAAACUACGCACCCAGCAGGAGCUUGAGCGACUUCAAGCCAAGUACAUCGGCACCGGUCACCCAGACACAACAUCGUGGGAAUGGCGAACUAACGUUGCGCGCGACACGUACUCGAGUCUUGUCGGUCAUCCUUCGCAAUUAGCCUACAUCUCGCUCGCGCAAAACGAACCCGCCGCCAAAGUUCGAGCCCAGCUUCUACGAAAGAUGAUACAACCGUGUGGUCCUCCUCCUCCUCGCGAAGGUGAAGAGCCCAUACGCGAGCAUAAUUAA